CGGCGCGGGGGAAAUCUAGCCCGGGGAUUUCAUGCGGCCUAGUCUGGUUCCGUCUCCUCCCCCGCCGCGGCCCCGGCAGCUGCCUGCACCCCAAGCCCCACUCCGGGCCCCCGUAUCUCUCUCUCCUGUGAUCGUACUGACACGGCCGGGGGGUUAGAAUGGAACAAACUGAAGGCCCGAUGAGAGAAAGGGAAAGUUAAGGAUGCUGGAGCAGAACAAUGGAUUUCUCUUUCUCUUUCAUGCAAGGGAUCAUGGGAAACACAAUUCAGCAACCACCUCAACUCAUUGACUCCGCCAACAUCCGUCAGGAGGAUGCCUUUGACAACAGCAGUGACAUUGUUGAAGAUGGUGGCCAGACACCGUAUGAAGCUACCUUGCAGCAAGGUUUUCAGUACCCACCCACAACAGAAGAUCUUCCUCCACUCACAAAUGGCUAUCCACCAUCAAUCAACAUGUAUGAAACUCAGACCAAAUACCAGUCGUAUAAUCAGUAUCCCAAUGGGUCAGCCAAUGGCUUUGGUGCAGUUAGAAACUUUAGCCCCACUGACUAUUACCAUUCCGAAAUUCCAAACACAAGACCACAUGAGAUUCUGGACAAGCCUUCCCCUCCACAGCCACCACCUCCUCCUUCGGUACCACAAACUGUGAUUCCAAAGAAGACUGGCUCACCUGAAAUUAAACUGAAAAUAACCAAAACUAUCCAGAAUGGCAGGGAAUUGUUUGAGUCUUCCCUUUGUGGAGACCUUUUAAAUGAAGUACAGGCAAGUGAGCACACAAAGUCCAAGCACGAAAGCAGAAAAGAGAAAAGGAAAAAAAGCAGCAAGCAUGACUCAUCCAGAUCUGAGGAGCGCAGAUCACACAAAAUCCCCAAAUUAGAGCCAGAAGAACACAAUAGACCAAAUGAAAGGGUUGACACCGUAUCGGAAAAACCAAGAGAAGAUCCAGCACUAAAAGAAGAAGCCCCAGCUCAGCCGAUAUCAUCUUCUGUUCCAGCAACAGAAGUGUCCACUGGUGUUAAGUUCCAGGUUGGUGAUCUUGUUUGGUCCAAGGUGGGAACCUAUCCUUGGUGGCCUUGUAUGGUUUCAAGUGAUCCCCAGCUCGAGGUUCACACCAAAAUUAACACAAGAGGGGCCCGGGAAUACCAUGUCCAGUUCUUUAGCAACCAGCCGGAGAGGGCAUGGGUUCACGAAAAGCGAGUGCGGGAGUAUAAAGGUCAUAAACAGUAUGAAGAGUUACUGGCUGAGGCCACCAAACAAGCCAGCAACCACUCUGAAAAACAAAAGAUUCGAAAACCCCGACCCCAGAGAGAACGUGCUCAGUGGGAUAUUGGCAUUGCCCAUGCGGAAAAAGCAUUGAAAAUGACUCGAGAAGAAAGAAUAGAACAGUAUACUUUCAUCUAUAUCGAUAAACAGCCUGAAGACCAAGCAAAAAAGAAUGCUGCCUCCAAAGCCGAAGUUAAAAAAAUUCGAAAACCAAGGUCUGUGCUGAACACUCAGUCAGAACAGACCAGCGCAGGGGAGGUGGCCUCCUCGCAGUCAGGUACUGAAAACCGGAGACACAGCCAGAGGCGGCACGCGAGUGUGGAGGAGGACGAGCCGCCUCCUGUUAAAAUAGCCUGGAAAACAGCAGCAGCGAGGAAGUCCUUGCCAGCUUCCAUCACAAUGCACAAAGGGAGCCUGGAUUUGCAGAAGUGUAACAUGUCUCCAGUUGUGAAAAUUGAACAAGUGUUUGCUCUUCAGAAUGCUACAGGAGAUGGGAAAUUUAUUGAUCAGUUUGUUUAUUCAACGAAGGGAAUUGGUAACAAAACAGAAAUAAGUGUCAGAGGGCAAGACAGGCUUAUAAUUUCUACACCAAACCAGAGAAGUGAAAAGCCACCACAGAAUGUAUCAUCUCCUGAAGCAACAGCUGGUCCUACAGGCUCAGUAGAAAAGAAGCAACAGAGAAGAUCAAUUAGAACUCGUUCUGAAUCAGAGAAGUCCACUGAGGUUGUGCCAAAGAAGAAGAUCAAAAAGGAGCAGGUUGAAACAGUUCCUCAGGCUACGGCGAAGACUGGAUUACAGAAAGGUGCCAGCGAGAUUUCAGAUUCCUGUAAACCUCUAAAGAAAAGGAGUCGCGCCUCAACUGAUGUAGAAAUGACUAGUUCAGCAUACAGAGAUACAUCUGACUCCGAUUCUAGAGGACUGAGUGAUCUGCAGGUAGGCUUUGGAAAGCAAGUAGAUAGCCCUUCAGCUACUGCAGAUGCAGAUGUUUCCGACGUGCAGUCCGUGGAUUCCAGUCUGUCCAGAAGAGGCGUUGGGAUGAGUAAGAAGGACACUGUGUGUCAGAUCUGUGAAAGCUCUGGCGACUCUCUGAUUGCCUGUGAGGGAGAGUGCUGCACACACUUCCACCUGGAGUGCCUGGGGCUUCCUUCACUCCCUGACGGAAAGUUCAUCUGUGUGGAAUGUCAAACCGGGCAGCACCCAUGUUUUUCAUGUAAGAUGUCUGGUAAGGACGUGAAGCGCUGUUCUGUUGGUGCCUGCGGGAAAUUUUACCAUGAAGCCUGUGUCCGUAAAUUCCCCACUGCCAUCUUUGAAUCAAAAGGAUUCCGCUGUCCCCAGCACUGCUGCUCUGCCUGCUCUAUGGAGAAAGAUAUCCACAAAGCAAGUAAAGGCCGCAUGAUGAGAUGUUUGCGGUGUCCGGUGGCCUAUCACUCUGGAGAUGCUUGUGUUGCUGCUGGAAGCAUAUUUGUGUCCUCCUGCGUUCUCAUCUGUAGUAAUCAUUCCAAACGGAGCGGCAGUUCUUCUUCAGCUGUAAAUGUAGGCUUUUGUUUCGUUUGUGCCAGAGGGCUGAUAGUUCAGGACCAUUCAGACCCCAUGUUCAGUUCAUAUGCCUAUAAGUCCCACUACCUACUGAAUGAAUCAAAUCGUGCUGAGUUGAUGAAAUUACCUAUGAUUCCUUCUUCGUCAGCUUCCAAAAAGAAAUGUGAGAAAGGUGGAAGACUGCUCUGCUGUGAGUCGUGCCCAGCGUCCUUCCACCCGGAGUGCCUGAGCAUAGACAUGCCAGAAGGCUGCUGGAAUUGUAAUGACUGUAAAGCUGGCAAGAAACUACAUUACAAGCAAAUUGUUUGGGUCAAAUUGGGAAACUACAGAUGGUGGCCAGCAGAGAUCUGCAACCCCAGGUCUGUGCCACUGAACAUCCAGGGCCUUAAGCAUGACUUGGGGGACUUCCCUGUGUUCUUCUUUGGUUCCCAUGACUACUACUGGGUGCACCAGGGCAGAGUGUUCCCUUACGUUGAAGGAGACAAAAGCUUUGCUGAGGGACAGACUAGUAUCAACAAGACCUUCAAAAAAGCACUGGAAGAAGCUGCAAAACGUUUCCAAGAAUUGAAAGCACAGAGAGAAAGUAAAGAAGCACUAGAGAUUGAAAAAAAUUCAAGAAAACCUCCUCCUUACAAACACAUCAAAGCCAACAAAGUCAUCGGCAAGGUGCAGAUCCAAGUUGCUGACCUGUCGGAGAUCCCCCGCUGUAAUUGCAAGCCCGCUGAUGAGAACCCUUGCGGCUUGGAGUCCCAGUGCCUCAACAGGAUGCUGCAGUAUGAGUGCCACCCGCAGGUGUGCCCAGCCGGAGAGCGUUGUCAGAACCAGUGCUUCACGAAGAGGCUGUACCCCGACGCAGAGAUUAUCAAGACAGAGCGCAGAGGCUGGGGCCUCAGGACCAAAAGGAGCAUUAAGAAGGGUGAAUUUGUAAAUGAAUAUGUCGGUGAAUUAAUUGAUGAAGAAGAAUGCAGAUUACGAAUCAAGCGAGCCCACGAGAACAGUGUAACUAAUUUUUAUAUGUUAACUGUUACCAAGGAUCGGAUCAUUGAUGCUGGCCCCAAAGGAAAUUAUUCUCGUUUCAUGAACCACAGUUGUAAUCCAAACUGUGAAACACAGAAGUGGACGGUGAACGGAGACGUCCGAGUCGGACUUUUCGCUCUUUGUGAUAUUCCUGCAGGGAUGGAGCUAACAUUUAAUUACAACCUGGAUUGCCUGGGCAACGGCAGAACCGAGUGCCACUGUGGGGCCGAGAACUGCAGUGGCUUCCUGGGAGUGCGGCCAAAGUCAGCAUGUGCGUCAACAACUGAGGAGAAGGCCAAAAAUGCUAAGCUAAAGCAGAAGAGGCGAAAAAUCAAAACAGAACCAAAGCAGAUGCAUGAAGACUACUGUUUUCAGUGUGGAGACGGUGGAGAGCUGGUCAUGUGUGACAAAAAAGACUGUCCCAAAGCGUACCACCUCCUAUGCCUUAACCUGACUCAGCCACCAUACGGAAAGUGGGAGUGCCCGUGGCAUCAGUGCGACCAGUGCAGCGCUGCAGCUGUGUCCUUCUGUGAGUUCUGUCCGCAUUCCUUCUGCAAAGAUCACGCCCAGGGGGCUCUGGUUGCCUCCGCGCUGGAAGGCCGCCUCUGCUGCUCGGAACACGACCCUGUGGCCCCUGUGUCGGCAGAAUACUGGAGCAAGAUCAGGUGUAAGCGGGAGGCACAAGACCACGGAGAAGAAGUGAAAGAAUAGAUCACUGGGGAUCUCCUCCCUCCUUACUUAAGGGGAAAAAAGGGAAAAGAGAAAAGCAAGUAGAUGAUGCUUUUUAAAAAGAGAAGAGACUGCUACAGCGCGUGCAGCCUUUGCCAUCGGAACUGCCUUACUAAUGUGAAAACAGGAAACCGGUUCAUGCAGGCAGAAGCGAUGGGGGGUCUGGUUUCUGUUUCGAUUUGUUGGUUUGGGGAUUCUUUUGUGGAGGGUGAAAUGCCCUUGGUUUUCUUCCUUGCCUUUUGUUGUGCUUCAAUGCCUUUGCAGCUGGAGAAAGAGAUGUCUUCGCUUUUCAGAUAAGAACAGAGAGAGAGAGGAAGCUUUGCUGAUGAGGUAGAUUGCAGGUCUAAGACGUGUUGUUCCUCGGUUGUAUAAAGCAAAGUAGCCAUCAUUCCUUUAUUUAUUUUCAUUUUAGGAAUUCAAGAAAAGUGUAGUUGAAGUAGUCUAAUCAGUGUAUGUGUGUGCGUGUUUGCAGUAGGAGUCGGAGACAGCCCUCUAGCAAAGGGUGAGCUAACCUUUAUAUACCUCUUCACUGAGCAGUAGGUAGGCUAACCUCUCCUUCCCUUCCCCAUGUCGGCCACAGUCUCAGAGGAGGGCCCUGUGGGAGUCUGCAGCCUGGGCUCUCGAAAGCAAACACCUUGGUGGAUUUCCCCUGGGCGGUCACACCCUGGGCGAGCCUUGUGAUGUGGUCACUUUACCUCAAAAGGUGUUCCUGUACGUUUUUGGUUGGGAAGAAAAAAGCAAUUGGUGCGCUUCCUGGGUUUGAAAGGUUUGCCGUGGCCAGCGAGUGCGCUGACGUGGAUGUGAGCACGUAGUUAGACCGGCCGCCGCAGCCACGCAGACACGCUAGUCAGGAACUGAAGGGAGCUGACAGCACACCCCGGAAGCUGGGGCCCGGAAGCACUGCUUCUUGUCCAGUUUCACGGAGACCUGGUCUCACUGGGAGAGAAUUGUGGGCAUUUUUCUUCCUGUCUCUGUUUUCCUCUCCUAAUGAAACAUUUCCUUUGUGACCCGCCCAAUCGGGCAUGUUUCCUGCUGAAACUACACAUGCAAAUUGGCUCUAUGUUUGAAUAAAUCUUUCUAGUUGUGCUCUGAACUGGGGGCGAGGGGGGUGGGGGCGGUCGGAGCAUCCCCAGGUUAUUUGUAAACAGUCUCUGCUUUGUAUUCCCCAGUACGAAGACCCUUCUUCCCUGAAGAAGGGGAAGAACUGCUACUUCUACAGGGUACCUAGAGCCACACACACACACCCCAUCUUAGGAAGCACCCGAGAGUCAGUGUUAGCCAAGACGGCUGCCUGAGAUGCUUGAAUCUGACAGAUUCCAGGAUGCCAAGAUGUCUGCCCACAAAACACUCUUGCAUUGAAUGCUUAAGGAUAUGCGUAGCCCAGUAGAAUCCUGGGAUGAAACCAUGGGUCACGUCAGGCGUCGGUGGAGCUCUGUACCCAGCACAAGUCCAGAGAGAGCGCCAGUGAGCGCGCAUGUUCUCCGGGUGGUGACUGCCCGCAGGAAGUUCCUGGUAACCUCAGGAAGGUGGGCAGGGCAGGUGCUCCAGCUGCGUCCUGCAGCUGGGUCGUGUGCGUUGAGUUUUCUUACCUAGAGCUCCUCCCUAGAAAGAAGAAAAAAGCUGUUUUGUGCCUCUCUCUUCCUUUGUAAGUGAGCACUUACACGGGACUUUCCCUUAUCAAACAACACUACAGCUCCUUUACUCGAGCUCCUAGACUGCCACCUGCCUGGCUCCAGCAGCGCACUCUGAAGUGAAUGCUGGGCUCGCCGCGCCUGUGGUGAGAUGCAGCCCCAGAGAGAGCAGGGUGGAAAACGCUGCACGCUACCAAGUCCAGCUGCUGCAAGCGCCGUGGAGUGCAGCUCACCAAAACACUACCCUUUGCUCUUGAGCAAGCAUAUAGUUUGAUGUCCUUUUGAAAAAUAAUUUAAGAAAAUCUAGGUUUUAUCAUACUAAAAUUUUAUUUUAUAUAUAUAUAUAUAUAUGAGAUAAAUGUUUGGUUUUUUUAAAUGUACUAACAUAAGGAUUUCCUUUACUAUUCCAGAUGCAACUGUUAUUGAAACAGUAUUCAACAUGAAAUCUUAUCUCCUUGCUUUGUUUUGGACUUAGUGCAAUUUAAUAUCUGAUGACUUUUAUAUGGUAAGCCAGGGUAUAUACUGUAUAGUGCAAAUACCUUAGGUUUAAGUAUUUUUAUGCAGUUUCUUCAUUGUGUCACAUUUUGGUUUUUUAUAUCUGUAACAGAGCUCUGCUGAAUUUUUUUAAUCCUUUUUUUUUUUUUUUGAUGAAUUAAUAGAGUCAUUCUGCCAUUUCAGAAAUCAGAAGUAGAACACAGAACAGAUAACCGUGGCUCUGAAGUCUUUGUCCAUGAAUGCUCUCUAGUGGUCUAAAAAGUAGGCCCACUCUGAUCAGUGCCAAGGAGCGCUCCCCACUCCAGGCUGCCGGCAUUGACCCGUGUGUGUGUCGGAGUUACGGCAGUGGAAGCAGACAAAGCUGUGCUCCCUGGGAGCGCCAGUCUGCACGCGCAGUGCGUGCCCAGGCCACACCAGCGAAAUACGCCAAGACACAUAGCUCGCUCUCAGGCUGGAGUUGGUGUUUGCUAACCUGUAAAUCUGUACGCGGUCAGAGCGUAAGUGGUUGGCUUUUUAGUCUUGUCCAAAAAAUGAAAUAACUUAGAAGCAGCGUAGGAUAAUGGUGGUAUUUUUUUUUAACCGCAAGUUAAUUCUUUGGAGGAAGAGAUGAGCCUAAGAGUUAGGGUAAUCAGCAUAAAGCUCCAGAAAGCUGGGUCCGUAGGAGCUAAAGGUGAAAUCCUGGAGCCGCUUCGCAGACUCUGUGCGGCAGGUGGAGGGAGGCCCACAGGCACUGGCAGGCAGGGCCGGCUGCCUGCCUCCCUGGGGUGCGGGGGCUGCGGGAGGCCAGGCCGCCAUCACUGCCACUCACUGAACUCACUGCGGGCCACGGCGAGGUUCCCAUGCUGUCAUACUAACAAAUGAGCUGGCCUGAGCUGAGGUUUGUGUUCCAGUCGGGGCGGACCCGAGAAGCUUAAACAGGAGCUAACUGGAAGGAGGCCGCUUCUCCAGCUGCCCGUGGUCGGCACUGGACACUGAAGCAGCAGAGGUUCCAGCCAGGGGCAAACCCAGACCUGCACCUGCAGACGGAUCCGCAGCCGCUCGUCCCCGCGGCGUUUUAGAACACAGAGCUCUUCCUUUAGCAUUCACCUUCAAAAUCAAGGCGUUGUCUGCCGUGAGCCGUGCCCAGCAGGAGGAGUAAACAAGGCCCCUCGGCCCCUCGCAGGCUGGGGAGCUUGUUCACGCCGCAUGGACAGUGGACAGCAGAGAGCUACCGGCUCCCGCAUCCUAGGCCAACAGACGAAAACGUCGAAAUUGCUUCCGUUGUCAGGUGGGCUAGGAAAUAGGUAUAAUUAGACAGCUUUGCAAUGGACUGAGAGUGAGAAGUCGGCGAUGUGUAUGUGCUGAGAUGUCUGCAACUUGUACCUGGGGCGGGGCGG